GCCGUUGAGCCGAUAAAACAGCCAAUAACAACCUUAACAUUCUUCAUUUGAUCAUAAUCCCCAUUUGAUUCAUCAAGAAAUUAUAUGUUGUUGACCAAUAUAUACAUACACUUUUUGUAUAUAUAGGUCAGGAAGAAGAAUAAUAAGAACAUGAAUGGUGUGAAGGGGAAGUUCUUGAAGAAACUGAAGACGAUUAAGACGGUCGGGUACUUGCAACCCGAUCGAAUUCUCCAUGUCGAUGCAGCCGGUGUGCUUAUCGAUAAAUUCUUUGCGAAGUCGAGCGAUAAAUCUGAAAAAGAAUUAACGCAGAUUGAAAACAAGAAGAGUGUUUUAGAGCAAGAAUAUGAAGUUAUUGAUGUGUUGGAGCUCAUGAAGGAUCUUGAAGAUGAAGAUGAAGAUGUUCGAGUUCGACCCGUGAGUGACACGGGUUAUGUUGAAGAGGAUAAAGAAAAUGUUCGACCCGUGAGUGAUACGGAUUAUGUUGAAGAGGAUAAAGAAAAUGUUGGACCCGUGAGUGACGCGGGUGUGAAGCCGAAGGCGGGGAAUGGGAACUCGAAAAGUUUCGGUGAUACUCCGUUGUCGAAAACUGACAUCUCGUCUUUUCGGCCACCGGAUUUGGAUUCCGACACGCUUUUUGACCCGAAUCUUUUGGCGGCUUUUCGACUGGCGGUUGAGGAGUUUAAAGCUCAAGAAGAAAAGAGGCGAAAUCGAGUUUUACGGGACAUUGAACACGAGUUAGAUCAAAAUCUGGAUGGCGAAAGGCCGCUUAAAACGCCGAAAUUGGAAGAAAUCGAUAAUCCCCUUUUGGAUUUCGAGAAGAUCUGUCCGCCUGGAGGAAGCGAUUCGGUGAUUUUUUACACAACAGGACUCAGAAGCAUCCGAAAGACAUUCGAAGAUUGCUCUAGUAUUCGAUUCCUACUCGAGAGUUUUAAGGUAUUAUAUCACGAACGAGAUCUAUCGAUGCACCUGGAUUUCCGAGAUGAACUAUUUCGGAUACUGGGAGGAAAGAUGGUCCCACCAAGGUUGUUUAUCAAGGGGAGGUACAUCGGAGGAGCAGAGGAAGUGUUGCGAUUGCACGAACAAGGGAAGUUCUGCCCACUUUUGGCUGGAAUUCCGUUAAACACGUCGGAUGGGCCCUGCGAAGGCUGUGCUGGAGUUCGGUUUGUAAUGUGCAUAAGUUGCGAUGGGAGUCGAAAGGUGGAUUCGGGUGACGGAUUGUUGCGCGAGAAGUGUAUGAAAUGUAACGAAAAUGGUUUGAUCAUAUGUCCCGUUUGCUGUUGAAAUACUUUUGGUUACUUGUAUCGAGUGUGUUUUCAUUGUUGACUAUUCUUUUAUUAAUUUCAAUUGGACUGUUAGAUAAUA